UUUAAAACGUACAUUUUAUCUUUUAGUAACAUUUCAAGUGCAUGAUGAAUUUAAUUUUCUUUCAGUUGUUCGUUCACGGAAACUUACUCGUUUGAAAUUAGUAAGACAUAGUUAUUUGACAAUUUUAACAGAACUAUAUUCAUCUGUUAACACGUGUAGAUGUGUUGAAAGAAUGACAAGGUCUACCAAAAAUCUACUUUCAAUUGAAGAUUUGCUAAUCCUUCCGGGCCGGGGCAUUUGAUAUCAACCCAGGUUUUUGGUGGUGUUCUUGUUGGGCCUGUGAACUGAAACUUCACGGGUUUGAAAACAUGUCAAGAAGCCUGGUCACGGGAUAUUGAUGCCUGUAUAAAAUAGCAUGUACUGCGGAUGAGUUUUAAAGAUAAGAAUCCAUCCUGCAAUUCCAGAUCCAGAUUGACAUUGAGCUAGCCAAUCGGAUUGAAAAAGCCUAGUUAUGAAGUUCUAUACCAUGGAAUCGAAAGUUGUCACUGCAAAGGAACGAUUGGGUGCUACUCUCAAAAGAUAUGGUGCAAUACAGAUACUUCUUGGCUUAGGCUGUUUAAUCAUGGCAUUCGUUUCAAUAGGAAUCGACAAGAAAUUUUGUGACAAUUUAGGGAAGAAAGAAGUUGUUAUUACAAAUGCCACUAUACCUACAUUUACGUUUGAUAAGAAAACCAUUAUGCUCGGACUAGAUGGAGGAUCCGUGGUGUCUGCUAUUUGGAUUGUUGUCACAGGAAUUGUCCCAGCUUAUAUGGCAAGAAAUGCAGACUACAGCUUGAUAAGAACUAAAGUGGUAUUCAUGGUUUUUAGCAUUAUGGCGACAUCAUUGUUCGUACCCAUUAUUAUUGGUGCAGCAACAACUAACUAUAUACUGCGUGAUAGCAACAGGGAAUUGCUUGUCAUAACUGGCUUUAUAUGCCUCCUAGAAUUCCUUGUAUCUGUUGCUGCGUCACUUUAUUGCUGUGCAUCACCAUGGGCUCCAUGCAAACUAGCGAAGAAAGACAAAGAAGCCAGAAGUGAGCAACUCGUUGACAACGAGAAGCAAAUGACAAAACUUGAACUUCCAGAAUAUCAACCAUAA